CACGGACACGAGACAGAGCAAAAAAAAAGAACAAGAAUACAGUACCAAAGAAUAAACACCAUCAAAAUGUCCUCCCCACCCGACUCCCACAACCACACCCCCCUCCACGACCAAGACCCCUCCCCCUCCUCCGCGCCAGACUCAACCCCCAACAACAACAACCCUCUCCUCCGCACCACCAACCCGCUCGUCAGCUCCCUGGAACAAGAAGUCCUAGAUGAGUAUACUAGGCUAUUGGGGAAUGUGAAUAGGGUGUGACCCCAAUACUCCCCACCCAUCCAUCCAUCCUACACUCAAUCCAAUCCUACUACUCCCAAACACGCGCUUUACACAUCACUACACUACACGCAUGUGCUAACUGGGAGAUAAAAGUUAUCAACCAAACUCUCCACACUCGCCGAAUCACCCACGACCCUCACACUGGAUGGCCUCCGCGGCCUAGAACGUCAAACUGCCACCGUCUGUACCCUGCUCAAGGCGAGCGUGUAUAGUAUUGUUCUCCAA